UUGAUAGAGUUUUUUAUUGCUUUGUAGGGUAGUGUUUAUCUUCCUUUUCUGCUGCACGUGACAGAUAUAGUGGUCCUCACUUUUCAAGGUCAAAGGGAAUCAGCAUGAGUUUUCCAGAUCUAAUUACUGUUAGAGUGCAUUUUGGUGGAAAAUUUGAGGGAGAAACGAGCUACAUAGGUGGUGAACUUGAUAUUCUAGAAGAAUGGGAUUGGUAUUCGUGGACCUUUCCUGAUUUAGUUGACGGGUAUGUUGAACCGGGAUGCCAUGAUCUUAUGAAAUUUGCUUUUAAAGUUAAGAGCACAGACGACCUUAUCUUCUUCAAAGACGAAAAUGAAUAUCGGACCAACAUAUAUAACUGUGUUGAUAUGGAAAAUAAGCGUCUUGAUAUUUAUGUUGACUGUAGGAGUUUGGUUGAUAAUAUUGAUGAUGCUUUGGAUCCUAAUGAUGGGUUUAACGAUUUUGAUGUUGAUGGUGGAAAGCAUAUGAAUACUGAGGAUGAUAUUGAAGGUUUGGAGAGUUUAGAACCAAUUUCUGGGAAGGGUUUUGAGGGCUUGCAAGUUGAUGUGGUGAACGAAAUGGGUUCCGUUUAUGAGGGCGGGGAUUUGUCCGAAUAUGAUAAGUCCGAUGAUUCCAUUUAUGAAGAUGAAGAUGCCAAGAAAAUUGGAAAUAUGGUAAAAAAUUUGCAAUACGAUAAGGAUUGUGAUCCUAAGACUCUAAAAUUGCAACUUGGCAUGCGAUUCGCUGAUGUAGCAGAAUGCAAGGAGGCGGUGAAGUUGUGGGCGAUUGUGAAUGGGCAUAACAUAAAAUGGGUAAAAUCUGAAGCCGACAGAAUACAAGCAAAGUGUGAGCCAGGCUGCCCAUGGAAAUUGUAUGCUAGCAAAUUGACUCGUGAGCCAACAUGUGUUAUCAAGAGAUAUGUCGGAAAACACGAAUGUGUGAGGCCAAUCCACAAUAGACAAGUCACUUCAGCAUGGAUAGCAGAUCGCUUUUUAGAACAUCUCAAAACUAAUCCUAUGUUGAAGGCCCUCGAAUUGCAACGUGAAUUGAGAAAGAAAUAUCAAGUUCGAGCUCCACUCUUGAAGUGCUAUAGGGCGAAGAAAAAAGCCAUGGACAUUAUACAUGGAACCCUUGAGGGCCACUAUGCGAAGAUUCGAUCAUACCUUAUGGAGUUGCAAAAAAGAGAUAGAGAGGGCACUUUCUUAUUGAAGACAUACUUGAACCAUGAAGAAAAACCAGUUUUUCAGCGGGUGUACUUGGGUUUUUCAGCACUUCGUAAAGGUUUCUUCAUUGGAUGUCGAAGGUUUAUAUCAUUUGAUGCUUGCUUUCUAAAGACCACUAUUGGAGGGGCUUUACUUGCUGCAAUAUCAAAGGAUUGCAAUCAUAAGAUGUAUCCACUAGCUUGGGCAGUUGUGGAGAAAGAGAAUGAAGAGACGUGGAUGUGGUUUAUGGAGAAGUUGUUUGAGGACCUUAGGAUCAUUGAUGGAUUUGGAUGGACCUUUAUGAGUGAUAAGCAAAAGGGGUUGAUUAAUGCAGUCCAUACAUUGGCGCCAAAUGCUGAGCACCGACAUUGUGCUCGACAUAUUUAUGCAAAUUGGAAGAAAAAAUGGCCAGGGGUGAAGUUUCAAAUCCUUUUCUGGAAUAUAGUGAAAAGCACUUGCAUGUCCGAUUAUAAUGCACAGUUGGCUGAACUGAGGGCAGAAUCUAGCGAUGCGGCUGAGGACUUUUUGAUUCAAAAUCCUAAAAGUUUUUGUAAGUCUCACAUCAACUCUUACAACAAGUUGGACAUUGUCGAUAACAAUAUAUGUGAAUCUUUUAAUAGCUACAUACUUAAGUUCAGGGAUAGUCCUUUGAUUGACAUGCUUGAUGGGAUAAGAUUGUUGCUAAUGAGAAGGUUAUAUGAUUUGCAUAAACUUUCCGAAGGUCGAAAAGAUGUCUUGUGUCCCAACAUUAGGAUUAAAUUAGAGCAUGAUUUGAAUGAAAUCAAACAUUGUGACGUUGCACCGGCUGUUGGCGGGAAGUAUGAGGUACAAAAGUAUAAUGACACACAUAUAGUCGAUCUAGUUGAGAAGGAAUGCAGUUGUCGAUAUUGGGAGCUCACGGGUUUACCUUGUUGUCAUGCUUUGGCAUGCAUUGUCCAUUGUAGGGAAGACUAUGCGAAGUUUGUUGAUGUGUUUUACCAUAGUUCUAAUUGGCAAUCAUGUUAUAAGAAUGGUUUGCAACCAAUUCAAGGAGAAAAAGAAUGGCCUCUUGUGAAUGAACCACCUGUGCUCCCACCACAAUAUCAAAAACAGCCCGGUAGGCCCAAAAAAGUAAGAAAACGAGGACAUGAUGAACCGAAAAAGGUUGGAGACUUAUGCUUGUCCAGAAAAGGGAAGGUGAAAAUGUCUUGUAGCAAAUGUGGUGGCUCUGAUCACAAUGUUAGGACAUGUAAAGCAACCACUUCUCAAAAGAUAACACAGCCGAAGAAGGCACGAGGAAGACCAAGGAAAGAUGCAUCUAAUUCAAGGAAAGAUGCGUCUAUCUCAGGUUCUUCUUCAACGUUGGUUGAUCAGCCAACAAGAUCAAGGUCGAGAGGGAGACCAAGGGGAAGUACUUCAAACCAAGAAAGACCAACAACAGUGAGCUCAGGCCUUGGUUUGUUGCACACUGAUACUGGAAAUGUGUAUCUUAUGCCUUCAAUUGGACGAAGAGUACACGUUAUGAAUGAACUACGUUCUAGUCAAAGCUCUCAAGUCAUCGACGCCCAAACACCUCCGUGAUCGUGGAAGCAUUUUGUUGAGAGUUUUUUGCUGAACUAAUUUUUUGUUGAAAAGGUGUUGGUGAACAAGUUUUGUCACAAGUUUUUGACUGCAAAAAGGAAAACUCAAUUAUUUCUCAAUGGCUCAACUAUUAAUUCUAAUUACUGGAUAGCAUGUUGCUGAAGAUUUUGUGACAUAUGAAUGGUCUGAAAUUGAGAUAAUGAUUAAGGUUUAUGGUGUUUUUGUUGUCAUGAA